CUCAGUCCGCUCGACCUCCCCUCUGGGCCAAGAUGGCGGCUACUGUCAGGGCCAUCGGGAGCUGGACGCGCUUCACGGCCGCCGCCAAGUACUGCCCGGCCCGGUGCCGCCUCUCAGGUUAUGCCUGCCGACACCUCAGCACCUCCUCCCCUGUUAAAUCUAGGACCCAUGUUAACUAUGACGUCAAAGGAGAUGUGGCAGUUGUGCGUUUCAACUCUCCAAAUUCCAAGGUAAACACGCUGUCCAGGCAACUGCAAGCAGAAUUCACAGAAAUAAUGAAUGAAAUAUGGGUGAACGAUGCUAUCAACAGCGCAGUCCUCAUCUCGUCCAAGCCUGGCUGCUUCAUUGCUGGGGCAGACAUCAACAUGAUUGAGGACUGCAAGUCCGGCCAAGAAAUCACUCAGCUUUCUCAGGAAGGGCAGAAGAUGUUGGCGAACCUGGAGAAAUCCCCCAAGCCCAUUGUGGCUGCCAUCAGUGGCUCAUGCCUUGGUGGGGGGCUAGAGGUGGCCAUCGCUUGCCAUUACCGAAUAGCAACCAAGGACAAAAAGACCGUCCUGGGCACGCCAGAGGUGCUGCUGGGCUUGCUGCCGGGAGCAGGAGGCACGCAGAGGCUGCCGAAGAUGGUGGGGCUUCCUGCUGCCUUUGACAUGAUGCUGACCGGGCGAAAUAUCCGUGCUGACAAAGCGAAGAAGAUGGGCCUGGUGGACCAGCUGGUCGAUCCCCUAGGUCCGGGUAUCAAGAGCCCCCAGGAGCGAACGCUGGAAUACCUGGAAGAGGUGGCCGUCACUUUUGCCAGAGGACUAGCCAACAAGUCGAUUUCUCGGAAGAAGGACAAGGGGCUGAUUCAGAGGGUGAUGGAUUACGCCAUGACGAUUCCCUUCGUGCGGCAGCAGGUCUACAAAACGGUGGAGGGAAAAGUGCAGAAGCAAACGAAAGGGCUGUACCCAGCUCCCCUGGACAUCAUUGCGGUUGUGAAGACUGGCCUGGAGCAAGGCAAUGAAGCCGGCUACCUUCUUGAAUCCCAGAAAUUUGGGGAUCUCGGGAUGACGUCUGAAUCCAAGGCUCUGAUCGGGCUCUACCAUGGGCAGGUGCAGUGCAAGAAGAACAAGUUCGGGCAGCCGAAGCAGCCAGUCAAGACCCUUGCUAUCCUGGGUGCCGGCCUGAUGGGUGCAGGAAUUGCUCAGGUCUCUGUGGACAAAGGGCUGAAGACCAUCCUGAAAGACACGGCCCUGGAGGGCUUGAGCAGGGGGCAGCAGCAGGUCUACAAAGGCCUGAACGACAAAGUGAAGAAGAAGAAUUUGACUUCGUUCCAGAGGGAUACGAUCCUCAGCAACCUCACAGGGCAGCUGGACUACAAAGACUUUGGGAAAGCCGACAUGGUGAUCGAAGCCGUCUUUGAGGACAUCAGCAUCAAGCACAAAGUGCUGAAGGAGGUGGAGGCGAUGGUCCCUCCUCACUGUAUCUUCGCCAGCAACACCUCCGCCCUGCCCAUCAGUCAGAUCGCUGCAGCCAGCAAAAGGCCGGAUAAGGUGAUUGGGAUGCACUACUUUUCUCCCGUCGACAAGAUGCAGCUGCUAGAGGUCAUCACCACCGACAAAACGUCCCCGGACACGGCAGCCUCCGCUGUCGCCGUGGGCCUCCAGCAAGGGAAGGUCAUCAUUGUGGUGAAGGAUGGUCCGGGUUUCUACACAACCAGGUGUCUUGCGCCCAUGCUGGCCGAAAUCGUCCGAGUUCUCCAGGAAGGCUUUGACGCCAAAAAGGUGGACUCCCUUUCCACGGGCUUUGGCUUCCCUGUCGGGGCUGCCACCCUGAUCGACGAAGUGGGCGUCGAUGUCGCCACGCACGUUGCCGAGGAUCUGGGCAAAGCCUUCGGGGAGCGGUUCAAGGGCGGGAGCGUGGAGCUGAUGAAAGCCAUGGUGGACAAGGGCUUUCUGGGCCGAAAAGCCGGGAAGGGCUUCUACAUUUACCAGGAAGGGGUGAAGAACCGGAGCGUCAACACCGGCAUGGAUGAAAUCCUGGAGCGGUUCAGGGUGGAGGCCAAGCCAGAGGUCUCCACAGAGGAAGACGUCCAGAUGCGCUUGGUGUCCAGGUUUGUGAAUGAGGCCGUCCUGACCCUGCAGGAGGGCAUCCUCAGCAACCCCGUGGAGGGGGACAUCGGGGCCGUGUUCGGCCUGGGCUUCCCGCCCUGCUUGGGAGGUCCCUUCCGGUACGCCGACCACUACGGGGCCCAGCGGCUGGUGGACCGCAUGAGGAAGUACGAGGCCGUCUACGGGAGCCAGUUCACGCCGUGCCAGCUGCUGCUUGACCACGCCAAGGACUCCAGCCGGAAAUUCCACAAGUGAACUUGCCUGAAGUGCCGUCCACUGACCUGAAGGGGGAGCCCUUGCUCGUUCCCUGGGGGGCCACGGGUCUUCGCCCUUUAAGUGCCUUAGCCGCUCAGGCACUACCUCUCCCUGCCCCCCCCCUCCUCGGGCUGAAUGUGGGCUCCCCUCGACCAGGUGAUGCAAUCAGGGCUUUCUUGCCGCCCCGGGGCCAGCAGCAGCGCGAGGGCGAACUGCACGGUUUCUGGGCUUGGGCCAGGCCUGCAGCCCUCACUCACACGCACACAGUGCGACAAUAAAUCCCAGUGUCCUGUUCUGUA